CCGAUAAGUCUUAGAUUCGAAUCCCGUGGACGGAAUCAUGAAAGUUCACUGCUGAGGAGUUUCAUAAUAGGACGAAACGGUCGUCCAGUACUUUCAGUUUUUUUUUAAUUGAUGGUUCAAUUUUAGUUGAUUCAUGAAUUCAACUAUUAAAUUAUUAUCUUGAUUACAUCAAGUUUUAUUUGAUAACUAUUAUCAUUUAGUUCGAACUGUUAUUACCUCCCGAUUGAGUCCAGUUACAAUGUAUACAUCUAAAACAAUUGGUCAACAAACUAUGCAGGAUAAAAAGACCAAGAUUGUCUAGAAAACUUUGACUGACUUAUAGAAAAUAAUAAUCUACACACAACACGGGAUUCAAACCAGGAUCUAUUGGUCUCACACACAAACUUUUAACCUUUAAACCAUAAAGCCAGUCGGCAUCCAACCACGUUAAUAUCUAAAUUCAUUGAUCCAUAUACAUAUAUAUUUUAUUAGUUGAACUCAUGAAUCAAUUAAAAAUAGACCACUAUGGAAAACGCAGAAGUACUGAACGGCCGUUUCGUGCCAGUGCUAGAUUCCUCAUCAGUAUGCAGUCACGACCCUCCAGUUUGGACUCAAAGUCAAGACCUACCAGUCUCAUGCGCUUAUACUCAACCUCUAGGCCACUGAGCUGGCUAGCACACAACAGUGUUAGUGUCUUACUUCAAUCAAUCCAUAUAUAUAGUAACAGUUGAAUUCAUGAGUCAAUUAAAACUAGGCUACCAUGGAAAGCCUGGAAGCAUUGAUUGGUCAUUUCGUCCUAGUAUGGUUCUGCUCAUCAGUGCGCAUCCACAAUCCCGUUCAUUGGAUUCGAACCCAGAAUCUGUUGGUGUGUCUCACACAAACCACUAACCUUAAGCGGUAUUCUUUCUUUUUCAUCUUACAGAUUUCACGUCAUUUAAAUACAACUAAUUAUCAUCAUAUAGAAAAACUUGCUUUUGGUAUUAAAUUUAAUUAUCAAAGUUAUUUAAUUAUUAAUUCAUCAUAUACAUCCCAUAUGAUUGAUUUAUAUAUCACAUUACCAAAUCAUUUCCCUGAUAUCAAUUCAAUUGAAUUAAUCCCUGGUUAUAUAAAUCAUAUUAAAUUAGAAAUGUUACGGAUAAAACGUAUAAAACACAACUACUACCAUCACCACCAUCACCACCAUCCCGGCAAUCAUCGUGGCAACCACCACCAACAUCAAUCAUUAUGUAAUGAGAAAAAAUUUUCAACAAUUAUAUAUGAUGGUGAUUUAAUUAAUAAACGUUUAAUUUAUGGUUCAAAUGAAUUAUGUCAUCGUAUAUUAUCACAAUAUUUAUAUUUAAAUGAAUGUCAUUGUUAUAGUCCCUUCUUACCUUAUGGUUACUAUGACAACAUACCAAUCAUAAAUCAUAACAACAACAACAAUAAUAAUAAUACUAAUAGAACAAUUGAAUAUCCAGUUUUAUGUUUAAAUAUGUCAUUAUUUAAUAAGAAUCAAUUAAUAGAUAAUGUUAAUUGUAUGUAUCGAGUAUAUCAAAAAUAUAGUAAUAUUAGUUUAUAUAUGAAUUUAAUAGAAGCAAAACAAUGUGAUCUUUAUCGUAAUCUACCAUAUUGUGAUCAUGUUUAUUAUCAAAAUUUUGGUAUACAUCGUAUUAUUAUGAAUGAAUUAUGGAGUAAUACAUAUAAUGAUGCAAGAGCAUCAUUUUUAAUUCAUACAUUUCGUGAUGUAUUCACUAACAAUACGACUACUACUACUACUACUACUAAUACUACUGAUAAUACUACUUAUAAUAAUGAGAAAUUAACAACUCAACAAAUUCUAUUAGAAAUGCGUAAUAAUUUUGGUUUAUUAACUAUAGAACGUAAUAGACCACAAGGUAAAUUAGUACGUGAAGAACAAGAAUAUUCAUUCGCUCAAUUAUUAUCUGAUAUUGGUGGAAAUAUGGGUUUAUGGAUUGGAAUCUCUGUAAUUGGUUUAUUUGAAUUUAUUGAAUUAAUUAGUUUUAUAUUAUAUACAUUAUUGAAUUAUAUUAUUCAUUUAUGUAGAAAAAAUUGAGAAGAUAGAAAAA